UAUAUAAAAUUCAUUCCGAUCUCAGUUUCCUCCAAACCUUUGGACUCCUAUAAAAUUCAUUCCGAUCUCAGUUUCCGAUCCUCCAAACCUUUGGAAUCGCAAAACCCAGGAACACGUACAAGAUUCUAAUCUUCAUACGCACGUACGCCUACAAGAACACGCAUUCGCGAUUGGCAGCUGUUGUACGUUCGACAUGGAAAGCACGUCACGCACCCUUGAAGUCACGGUGAUAUCCGGGGAAAAUCUACGAACCGACAGGAAACCGGUCAAGAAGAAUGCCUUCGUUGUGAUCCGAACAGACUCCAACAGCGUUUGCACGACAAAGAUGGACGCGGACGGCGGGAGCUAUCCUUCGUGGAAUGAAAAACUCGCGUUGGACGUGCCAAUGCAUGCACGGUUUAUCACGGUGGAGGUACAAUGCAAGACCUCUAUGGGGAACAAAACUGUUGGGGUGGCAAGAGUUCCGGUCUCGGAUUUUAUCGGCGAGUAUGUUCCUCAGAGUUAUUUGCACUUUUUGAGUUACAGACUGAGAGAUUAUAAGGGCGAGAAGAACGGGAUUAUCAACAUUUCAGUAAGAGCUAAGGUCCCGGAAUACGCAUCCUGUUCGGGAACAGGGAUGGGAGUGCCACUGGGGGGGAAUAAUUUUGCUGGGGUUGUCACUGGGAUUCCAGUUUGGUGUACCAAUCCGGGAAAAUUUUAAAGGAUUUCUUACCAAAAUGGAAGAAAACUGACAGGAAUUUCAAUAUAUUCAAUCUAUAUAUAAAAUUGUCAUAUGUGAUUUGAACACUUACAAUCACGUAUUCCUUAUAA